AUGGCCUAUUUGAAAGUGAAAGUUGAGACUGCAAAUGUGCAACUCAAUUUUUGCAUUGACAUUGAUUUAUUGACAUGCAAUUUCUGGUUUCAGCAUGAUCAUUGCUUCCUUAGGCAACAGAAAAUAAGUGCAUUUGUUGAGGUCUCUGCAAUUGGAAUUCUUAUUGAAACCUGCCGAACUCAAGCAGCAAUGUUCUAUGGCUGUUAUGGACAUUGGGUGUAUGAACUGACCCUCUGGCUUCCUCUCUUUGUCAGGUCUUUGGCUGGCACUAGCUGCUUUUCCAGAAUGAAACAGAGAGCACACAUGGAUGGAGAUGUGAUGAUUGCUGGGUUUUUCCCUCUCUAUGCUUUGGGAACAGAUCGUAGUAAAAGUGAUGCUUCCAACCAUGAAGACUACAAACCAUAUGAAGAGAAGUCUGGUACAGGAAUUGAUAGGAAUUUUGAUGAAAAGUGCACCGAAUUUGUAGAUGGUUUUCAGAUCUUCAAGAACUACCAGUUUGUUUUGGCCUUAGCUUUUGCUAUUGAGGAGAUCAACAAAAACCCUAAUCUUUUACAUAACUUAACUCUGGGAUUUGAUAUCUUUGAUUUUUACUUCGGAGCGUGGACAGUAUUUAAGAAUCCCUUCAUUUGGCUUUUUGGGAAGGACAAGAUUCCAAACUACUCCUGUAUGAGAGACAGCAAAUCUAUAGCAGUACUUACAGGACCAUCAGGAAAAUCAUCUGCCCAGAUUGGGACACUGCUGGAACUCUACAGAUUCCUCCAGUUUACCUUUGGGCCUUUUGAUCAUGCCCUGAGUGACCAUAACAAGUUUCCUGAUCUCUAUCAGAUGGCCCCAAAGGACAAAUUGGUGGCCACUGCUAUGGUCUCUUUACUGCUUCACUUCAGCUGGAACUGGGUAGGACUGUUGACCUCAGAUGAUGAGAAUGGUUUGUGGAUCCUUCCUGAAUUGAAAGAAGAGAUGGCCAAGAAUACAGUUUGUGUAGCCUUUGAUCUAGUGAUUCCAAAUCAUUCCAUGUCACAUAUAUUAAAAAUCGUAGCAGUAUAUAACCAGAUUAACAAAUCCGCAGCAAAUGUCAUCAUCAUCUAUGGUGACAGUGAAUCUCUACUAGAUUUAAUGAUGUGUGUUGAGCAAAUUUUAAUUACAGGCAAAGUUUGUAUCAUGAACUCACAGUGGCAUUUAAAAAUGAAAAGGAAAUAUUUCAUGCUAGGUUCCUUCCAUAUACCUUUCAUUUUUUCACAUCACUAUGCAGACAGUAUUGGAUUCACAAAUUUUAUACGGAAAGUUAACCCUUCCAAAUACCCAGAAGACUUUUACCUUGCCAGGUUAUGGUUUCUCUCUUUUAAUUGUUCCCAUUCUGAGUCUGACUGUGUGAUAUGGGAGAACUGUCCACAAGAUGCCUCCUUGGAAUGGUUGCCUGGACACAUUUUCGACAUGGCCAUGUCUGAAGAGAGUUACAAUAUAUACAAUGCUGUGUAUGCUGUGGCCCAGGCCCUCCACAAGAUGCUCCUUCAUCAAACAGAAAUGCCAUUCAUGGGAUAUGGGAAAGGGAUGGCACCUUCCCUUGCACAGCUGCACCCUUUUCUGAAGAAAAUCCCAUUGAAGAAUCCUGCCGAAGAAAAAGUGAUUGUGGAUGAUAAAAGAAAAUUAGAGCCAGAGUAUGACAUUAUAAACAUCUGGAAUUUUCCAGAAGGCCUUGAAUUUAAGGUGAAAGUAGGGAAGUUUUCUCCAUAUGCUCAAGAUGGUCAUCAGCUAUCUUUGUCUGAAGAUAUAAUAGAGUGGGCCAUUGGAACUACAGAGAUUCCUCGCUCUGUUUGCAGUGAGAGCUGUGGUCCUGGAUUCAGGAAAUCCCCUCAGGAGGGAAAGGCUGCCUGUUGUUUUGACUGCACGUCCUGCUCAGAGAAUGAGAUUGCUAAUGGGACAGAUAUGGAGCAGUGUGUGAAGUGUCCAGAUCAUCAGUAUGCCAAUACAGAGAGAAACCAGUGCCUCCUAAGAGUUGCAAGUUUCUUGGCUUAUGGAGAACCCUUGGGGAUGGUCCUAGCCUGCAUGGCUCUUGGUUUAUCUACACUCACAGCAGUUGUUCUUGGGGUCUUUGUGAAACAUCAGAACACCCCUGUUGUCAAGGCCAAUAAUCAGGCCCUCAGCUAUAUCCUGCUCACCUCCCUCAUCUUCUGUUUCCUCUGUUCCUUGCUCUUUAUUGGCCGACCCAACAUAGUGACCUGCAUUCUGCAGCAGACAACAUUUGGAGUUGCAUUCACUGUAGCAGUUUCCACUGUCUUAGCCAAAACUGUAACUGGGGUUCUGGCCUUCAAGAUCAGUUACCUAAUGAGAAGGAUGAGGUGGCUGCUGGUAUCAGGAGCUCCUAAGUUCAUUAUUCCCAUCUGUACACUCAUCCAGUUGACUCUCUGUGUACUCUGACUGGGGAUUUCUCCUCCCUUCCUUGACACAGAUACACAAUCAGAACAUGGCCAUGUCAUCAUCCUGUGCAACAAAGGUUCCCUCAUUGCCUUCUACUGUGUUCUGGGAUAUCUGGGCUCCCUGGCCCUGGCCAUCUUCACAGUGGCCUUUCUGGCCAGGAACCUGCCUGACACCUUCAAUGAAGCCAAGUUCCUGACCUUCAGCAUGCUAGUGUUCUGCAGUGUGUGGCUCACCUUCCUGCCUGUCUACCACAGUGCCAAGGGGAAGGUCAUGGUGGCUGUGGAGGUCUUUUCCAUCUUGGCCUCCAGUAUGGGGCUCUUGGGCUGCAUCUUUGCUCCUAAGUGCUACAUCAUCUUGUUAAGGCCAGAGAGAAAUUUUCUGCAUGGCUUCAGGGACAAAAUACAUACUGGGAGAAAUAAGUCCUCCUAA